AUGGGGCCGCGGCCCGUUUAGAGCCGUGUCCGGGCCCGGCCGCGCGGAGAUCGGGCCCUGGCUUGUCCCGAACCCGCUCCGGAGCGGCUCCGCCAUGGAUCUGCAGAUCCUGGAGCACCGCGUGCGGGUGCUGAGCCUCGCCCGCCGCGGCCUCUGGCUCUACACGCACCCGCUCCUCAAGCUGCUGCUCCUGCCCCGGCGCAGCAGGUGCAAGUUCUUCAGCCUGACAGAGACUCCUGAGGACUACACCAUUAUGCUGGAUGAAGAAGGCUUUAAAGAGUUGCCCCCAUCAGAGUUCAUGCAGGUGGUGGAUUCCACCUGGCUGGUGCUCAACGUCUUGUCCAACGGCAGGUCCUCUACCAGCUCCCAGGCCAUAGGAGUGACGAAGAUUGCCAAGUCCGUCAUCGCACCACUGGCUGAGCACAAUGUCUCGGUGCUGAUGCUGUCUACCUACCAAACGGACUUCAUCCUGGUGCGGGAGAAGGACCUGCCUGUGGUGAUCCAUACGCUGACCGGCGAGUUUGAUAUCUACAAGGAGGUGAAGGGAGAGUCCAUCCCUAUUAACUGUGAUGACGUGAGCAACGGCUUCCUGAAACCCAAGCAUGCGGCGAGCCCUACCGUGCACCCUGUGCAGAGUCCCCGGAACAGGUUCUGCAUCCUGACUGUGGCUCCUGACACCCUGCCGGCCAUUGCGACCGUGCUCAUAGACGUCCUGUUCUAUUCACACAGCCCUCUAAAGGAAGCUGCUCCAGGCAGUCAGGAUCUCGACUCUAUCAGGUUUUUCGCUUUCUCGUUGAUCGAGGGCUAUAUCUCCAUCGUCAUGGAUGCAGAGACCCAGAAGAAGUUCCCCAGUGACCUGCUGCUGACCAGCUCCUCUGGGGAGCUCUGGCGGAUGGUGAGAAUUGGCGGGCAGCCACUGGGCUUCGAUGAGUGUGGGAUUGUGGCUCAGAUCGCCGAGCCUCUGGCCGAUGCAGACAUAUCAGCGUAUUACAUCAGCACCUUUAACUUCGACCAUGCCCUGGUCCCAGAGGAAGGCAUUGACAGCAUCAUCGAGCUGCUCCAGAAGCGCCAGGAGAGCAGUAGCUAGCUGGCACGGCAGCUCCCGUGCGCUCUGACACCUGUCCGGAAAGGCGAGGGGGAACUCAACACUGAGAGCAGGGCAGAGAACACUCCAGUCUCCUGUUUCUGAUGGCGGCCUCUUCUUUGUCUUCGAGUUUCCGGGGUGUGGCUUGCCCUGCAGUGUGGGGCACAGCUCCAGCUGUGGAGAAAGCCCUGGGCUUCAGCGGGAGAGUCCUUGUGUUCUCCCUGGGAGUGCUGGCUCUGACAGGCUCCCGAGCGUCCCACUGGGGAACUGAGUUUCCUGCAGCAGUUUCAGUGUUACCUGCCCCAGGGCUCCUUGUAUCCCCAGACCCACCCCUCAGGGAGCAGAGUCCACCAUGAACUGGUGUUGGGCAGAUGUUGCCUACCUGUGGAUUGUAACUGUCUCAGCGUGGAGUCAAGCCUGUCACAUUUUUUUUUUCCUUCGACUGUUUUUGUAGCCAACUGCCUAGUUGCAUAGAGCCUCCAGUAUUUAGUAUUUCAUUUGCGAUGCCAAGCUUAGGCAGCAGUGGGGCGCUCUUCCUAAAGGCUGGCUGGUGAGCAUCUCUGUGUAUGUGGUAGGGGAUAGGGAGUUUCUUCCCUUCAUGUGUCGGGGGCAGUGACUGGCUGCGUGAGAAGAGGUGCUGGGCACUGGGUUGUCUAGCGGCUGAGUGCCAAGGAAGAGGUUGCUAUGGUACAAUCAUUCCUGACACAUGGUCAAGGGUGUGGGAGAAAUGACUUGUUUGGGCUUGUGUGGUCUUGUAGCAGUGUUAACAGCCCUGCCAGGUGCUCAAGACAAACGCUCGGCCUCUUAGACAGUCCCGGCUUAGUACAGUAUUAAGAAUUGCAGGUAACCUAAAGUAUGUAAGAAUGGCCCCUAUUUGUAGCAUGGCCCUCCCAAGGAAGGAGGAGCAGAGAACUUGCUAGGGUAGACUCUGCUUUCUAUAAUGCUGGGAAAUGUGUGACCCAAACCCCUCUGUGGCUGCCUAGCUGCACUCAGAUAUGAUGCUUUUAUAAGCCCUCUCUCCUUAGGGCAGGGGAGCAGGGACUGAUUGACCCAGACUCCCAUCUGAUGGGCGGGAUGGCAUCUGUGCCAGAAUGGAGUGUGCUAGACAGCUGACUUAUUUUUAGGAUUUCCAGGGUACAUGCAACUCCAUGUGGGGAAGGGAGGAGGG